AUGGCCCUGCACACCUCUGGCAGGAACGCUGCAGAUGGCCACGGCAAGUCAGCUGGCCUGCUGUUCCUACUGCGACGCAGCACUUUCCAGGACCCCCGUAUACAAGAGCUUGAUCCGGGUAGACUAGCCCUAGUACAGGCCACCAAUAGGCACACCGGCCUCCCCCUAAGCCUCAUUGGUAUCUAUCAACACGUGUGGAGAACUCACCUCACCACGACCCAAAAUAAGGAACUUCGCCAAGCUAUUUGGAGCUGCAAGCUCGAGUCAUCAGCCGACUCGCCGAGGUGGACACAAGCCACCCACGACCAUGUCAAUCGCAUUCUGCUGGAGGAGACCCGUCGCCUCUUCCCGCCCACCAUCAGCCCGGACCAGCGUGUCAGUGCCCAACCAGGCUACCGUCUUCUCGCCAAGUCUGUGUGGAGCCUCUACCACCGACUCAAGCACCCAGGUGUCUGCACCUUUCGCAACAUCUUCGCCAAGUGGCGCCUCGCGACUCAAUUUGCCCAGGCUUCUCGUCGCUUGAAACAGCAGAGCAAGACUCAUAAGAAGCAGUUCUAUGAGUCUGAGGUUGAUCUUGCCGAGGCAGCUGCAGCGAAAGGAGACCAACGAAGCCCAGAAGGCACCCUUCUCACGAAGGAAGCCGAGAUGCAGUCGAUCGUGCAGCACAGCAACAGCACUUUUGCCGUUCACUCAGACGACACUCCCUUACAACCUCUUGAAGCUGACUACUGCAUAGACAGUGCAGCCUUCGCGGCAGAGCUUCACAAACUAGGUCUUGCCAAAGCCGUCCCCAAGCACAUGGCCCCGUCGGCCACAUGGAAGCUGUGUGCUGAAGCCUUGGGCGACGUCUUCAGCACGGCCCUCCGAGGCCAUUUCAAGCAGGGCUCCAAAGCCCAAUUUGAUGCCGACUGGAAGAACUCCUAUGUAGUCUGGAUUCCCAAGCCCAACAAGCCUCCCAUCAAUGUUGCAUCCUUACGCCCCAUCGGGCUUACUAGCCCGGCUAGCAAAGCACUAGCAGGAUGCCUCCGUGCACCACUCUUGUCCCAUCUUGAACCACUGAUCCAGGCCAAUCGGUUUCAGCAGCAAGCUGGACUUCGCAGCCGCCAAUGUGCUGGGGGCUUGAGCAUUUCUUUAGACUUGUCUCGUGCCUUCGAUGGCGUCACCAGAUCGCACAUCUACCAAGCCAUGCAGGCCAAUCAGGUUCCCCAAGAUGUGAUCACCAUCGUGCAGCAACUCCACAAGGACGCACAGUAUAAAUUCCAGGUUGGGGACAUUAAAGGGUCGACUGUCAGUACCAACGGGAUAAAGCAGGGAUGUGUCGUUGCCCCCUACCUUUGGAACUUCUUCACCCUUGCAUUCCUCACUCUCCUUCAGCAGCAACGGAGCCUGGAAUGGAUUCAACGUGUGCUCUCCCUCUUUGCAGACGAUGUCUGGGGAGCCUGGCUCAUAACCUCUAAAACCGAUUUUGAACUUGCCAUUCAGGACGCCGGCAACAUCCGCCGGGCCCACACCUUCAUGAAGGCAGGCCAGCUACACCUGAAGCUGCACGUUUGCGGCACUGAGCGCAGCAUACCCAUUAAAGACCAGCAUGAGUACCUCGGCACCAUCGUGACAUACAACAAUCGCCUGGACCGUAACAUGACCCACAGGAUCAAGGCCAACUUGCCUCUACCGGGCUGGCAACUGCAGCACGCCCUGCAAGUGCAUCACAAGAGGCUACUUCACAAGCAAUCAGACAUCACAACGACGCCUCAGGCCCUGGAGUUCCUCGAUCAACAAGCAGGCCGCCUAGAAGCUGUUCUGCUGAAGGCAGCGAAAACACUGGUCUCCGAAUCUUCUGCCAUGCCCUUGGUGAACUGCCCCAAGUGCGACCAGGCAUUCGCUACAGAGAAUGCCAUGAGGAUGUUCACGGACAGGGGCGACCAUCUUCUGAACGAGGAGGCGGAGAUCUUCGCCAGCUACUGGGAGUCCUCCCCACCGGAGGAGUACUACAUGUCAGAACCCACCGGGCCACGCUCCCAGAAGAGGCGUCGACCAGAACAGCCGACUCGUUGGAACAUGCCAACUCGCAGCCUGCCCCACCACCCGGGAUUUCAAAUGCAGCCUCUACCUCGCGAUGCCCGCCAGCUGCCUCAUCAUCACAUGCAAGACCAGCUCCAUCUUCUCAGCCGAGUUGUCCUGAAACAGGAGGAGAUCAUCAGUCGGCUACGCCACGAGAAGAUCUUUGUGCUCUUCAUGCGGAACGAGAUCAACGGCACCCUCGGCACCUUCAUGAAAAUCGCCAAGGACUGGCGAAACAAGAAGAACCUGGACGAGGGACAGCUCCAGUCCCCCCUCCGCACCAUCUUGCUCGCCAGCAUGCUCCGCGAAGUCAUGAAUCUUGCCCAGCAGGCCGUGGCCACCGAGGACUCCAAGGCGAAGCACAUCCAGUCGGAAUGGCUCACGAGCGAGGGAGCGUGGAACUAUCGCUCCUGGAACCACGCCGCGAAAAGACUCCAGCUCGAUCAGAAUCGCACGGCCCUCCAGCACGCAGAAGCAAUCCGACUCUUGACCUUCCUGGUCAAGAACCUGAAAGGAGAGGCCAUCCAGAAGUUUGCCGCGACACAGCAGCUGGGCACGUUGGAACAGCAAGGAGCCCAGUUCGCCACAUUCCAUCUGGAAGUGUCCCUGCGCGGACAGACCGCGCAGGAAAUAUACGAGACCCUGGAGAAGCUGACGGGCUGCACCCUGCUGAACCUCAUCGGGGUCUCAAUGAAAAAAGACACUUUGCCCAGCAUGCCAUUGGCCAAAAAGCUGGGGGACAUGGUGUACAAGAGGCGAGGACCGCCACCGAGGCACAUAUGA